GAUAUUCCAGAUGUGACCUUUGUUUUGGGAAAUUGUGGAGUCAGGGUCACAUGCAAUCUGGAAUAUAGCCUGAUAAUCAUUCAUAAGGACUGAAUUCCCAAUUUAAUUAUCCUUCCAAAGUUUUAUUUGUUGACCAUUCCCAACUGUGAAGUGCUGGCACUUUGAGAACUCCUCCCAUAGUUUACAAAUGGUUUUCCACACUCCCACCCCAUAAGGGCCCUAGUUUUGGACGCGAGUUACUCUAGAUACCAUGCUUGGCAAGGACCACCUUCUUCCACGAAGGAUGCUCUUCCUGUGUAAAUUUCCACAACCACUUCAUCAUUAGGCAUUUGUUGUGAGUUGCCAGGUCUUUAAUUCCCAGCCCUCCCUGGUGUUUUGGUCAAUGCAAUUCCCUUGUCAAAGGAAAUUUCUCCCUACUUUGUUCAGAUGGCUUAGCACUUUCUUUGGCAUGAGGUGGAGUGACAUGUAGUUAUUGGGAAUGCUGUCAAGAACACUAUUAAUUAAAGUGAGCCUACCACCCAUCGAUAGAUAUUGCAUCUGCCAGGAGGCUAGUGUCCUCUCAAAUUUCUCAAUGACCCCACUCCAUAUGGUUGUGGAGUUGUGUUUGGCACCCAUUGGGAGACCCAAAUAAGUUGUAGGGAAUGUGCCAGUGUUGCAACCUAGAAUAUCUGCUAGCUCCUCCAAAUUAUGCACCUCAUAGACAAGGUGGAAUCAUUGACUAAUCAAGAAGAAGUGGAGUUGCGCAGUAAGAUCCAAGCCCUAGGACUGGAAGUUACAAAAGUUCCUUCAAAAUCAUCACAAAAUCUUGACGAGCUGGAGAUUGCGAAGCAGUUGGAUAAAUUAUCAGAAAAGCUGGAAAAUGUGGAUCGGAUGAUAUCCUCAGCUGUCGCCGAAGAUCCACAAGUUGGGUCUCUCUUAAGCAGUACUGCUGAUCUUUGGAUGCCAGUUAUUACGGCUGGUUCUGUGGAAAGGCGUAACCUUAAUGCGCCAGUUGAAGAUGAUCUUGAAGUGAAAGGCAAAAAUUCUCAGUAGCUUUACCUAAAAUCAUCAUCAUAUGUUGAUUUUGAUUCUCUAAUGAACACGUUCCUUCCAUAUCAAUCACAAAGCAUAGCCAGAGGGUGUAUAUGUAAGUGUCAGGUUGAAAACGCCACAUUUAUGUCUUUUGGUGAAAAAUGGAUGGCGUCAUAUGAAGCUGAUACUUCAUUUUGUUAGAGAUGUUCUGCAAGUCAUUUCCUGUAUCUUGAAAAGGCACAUAAGACGUGAUGAUACUUGAACAUAUUUCUGUAAGAAUAAUUUGAGACCUUUGCUCCUAUUUGAGCAUGUACUCUCUGGUGUAAAAUAAUUGAGCAGAUAAAAAUACAUGACAUGUUUACUUUUUAGCUGUUCAUGAACAAUGAAUUGAACAUUUUGUGUGCUAA